AUGACACCAAAUGUAACGGGAAGGGAGGGGGAAUGCAGUGGACCAGAUCGGGAUUCGAAUCCGGGCCCCCUGAAUCUCCAGUCAGACAACCUUGCUCAGAAAUCAGCUUUUAAAGGUAAAGCAUCGGAAAGUGAUAGUGCUUUUAAAAAUAAUUGGGGUUCAGCAGACAGAGCAGUUGACGGAUAUCUUCAAGAUGAACGUGGUGAAGCAACAUGUAGUUUUACAACGGCUUUGUACUAUAAAACAGCAUGGUGGAAGUUUACUCUGUCCCAGUUAUCAAAUGUUGCAUACUUGGAAAUAUUCUUCAGAAAAUCUACUGUGAAUCGUCAUGUUGGAUUCUCAGUAUAUGUGUUCAAUGAGUCAUGGUAUAUACCGCCAUCUACCGGUGGAUAUAAUGUGUUCUCUCAUAACAAAUCUUCCUGUCCAAACCAAGUGAUGAAUGUGACAAUAAAUAAAUUGACAAGAGGAAUAGCUCUAUUUAAUUCAAAAAACCCUCCACUUCAAACAAGCUGUACAGGAUACGAACCGUCAUAUGCUACCAUUGAGGUCUGUGAAGUAAUGGUGAUGGGAUGUAAGUUUCAACACUACGGAGACCCCUGUAAAUUAUGUUCAGCGAACUGUUUAAACAGACAGUGUGAUGCCUUUGAUGGAUCUUGUAUAUACGGCUGUAGUGACCACUUCGUGUAUCCACCAGACUGUUCUAGUGAGGAAAUUCCUUUCAUUUAG